AAAGACAUUUAGUUUGUUAUAUUAUUGUUUUUUGUUCGUUGUUAUGCUCUUUCUCACCACAAGAGGGGGGCGCUUGCACACCGGAGGGGUCACGAACUUUUGAGUUAGUAUAGCGGUGUGACGCUCGGCGUAUCGGCUUUGUCUCUGACCCCUUAAUGUCUGGGUGAUAGUGUGCGUCCUUUAGACAGAACCACACACACACAAACGUCUUAAAGUGCUCAGACAUUAAAGAACUGUUCAACAUUACCUGGCUGUGGACCCCUCAUUGCAACUCACCUGAAAGUCUAUAAUUGCUGCCCUGACCCGACACCCUGUGGUGAUUGCUAGCCAGAAGUUUUCUUAUAUUACAAUCCCCAUUACAAUUUUGGUCCUUCGAGCCGGAUGAGCAACCACUGCAGUCAAGAUGUUCAGGCCACAUGAGAGAGAAGCCAAUGAGGAACGCCCACACAGAUACAGGCAGCGGCCAUCAUAUCUCCAGGACUAUGAGGUCGGUUACCCUGGGAGGUCCCGUUUUCCUGAGGAUGAGCACACCAGGCACAUAUCUUCUCCAGAAAUAAUCAGAUCAUUCAGGAGCAUGAGAGAGGAGAAUGACCGGCUGCGCCGAGAUGUCCAACGACUUGCAGACAUUAUCCAUAGUGCUCCUACAGUGUCUUCACGGCCUGCGUCACUGCCCAAGCGCCAAGAGGAAACAUCUGCCACACCAGCACCUACAAACCAGCAGACGCCCAUCAGAGGUCUUCAAGGCCCACGUCAGCCCGUAAGUGCCCCUCCGGUGAUCAGAGAUGUUUCUCCUGCUCCUGUCGGUCGACAUGCCAUAGUAGAAUCCCUCAGACAGCGCCUGCAGGAAACAGGAUUAUCAGAUCGAGCAGAGGCACCAGACACUGCUGGCACUUCAGAUCAUCUCCCCAAGGGUGAAUAUGUACUGGAAGACAUUCCUGAGAGCCCAUCGCCGUCAGAGCAGUUGUGUCACCAAGAUGACAGAAGCUCUCCCCCACGUGGUAAAGCUCGCCACCAAGCUGAGUGGCCCGAUAGCAAGCCUCGCUUCAAGUCUGAGGAGCAAUAUGAUCGCUAUUCUGGCCACCCCCAUCGCCGUGAUGACAGGUACCACCCUCGUUAUGACUCUUCUCCACCCCGUCAAAGUUAUCCAAGAUCCAGUAAUGAGUACAGUCGUCCUGCUCCAUCUUAUCGCCACAGUAGUCUAAGAGCUCACCCUGACAGCCGCUACUAUGGGUAUGAGAGGGGGUACUCAUCUAGUUACAGAGACCAUCACGAUGACUCCGGCCAUGCAUAUUAUGAGAGGAGACAACGAGAGGGCAGACACUCACCUGAUCCAUCAUAUUCAUCAUCACGUAGCCACUCCCCAUACAGGAGGGCACCAGCUCGAGAGAUGUAUCGCGGACCCAAGCCAACAAUCCCAGACUUCAAGUCAGAAGACCCACGUGAGUUUGCUAGAUUAAAGCUGGCCCUGGACAAUUUAUUGCCAUAUGAUGCAUCAGAGCACUUCAAGUUUCAAAUACUCACUGAUCAUCUCAAAUGUGAGGAAGCACUGCUCAUUGCUGACUCCUACAGCAACAGUCAUUACCCAUUCACAGACACUAUGAUGGCGCUCACAGAGAUGUAUGGUCAACCUCAGCAGUUAGCAUUGAAGAGGAUCUCCAAUGUGAUGGAUGGGCCCAAUAUAAGAACUGGGGACAUUAAAGCCUUUAAGUCAUUUGCUCUUCAGAUCCGUGCACUGGUUGGGAUGCUACACCAACUGGGUAAUCAGGGAUGGACUGAACUGCAGUGCGGCUCACACGUCUCUCGCCUCUUAGCUAAGUUACCACAUGACCUAAGAGCUAAUUUCCACAGAUUUGUGAACCCUAUCUCCACUCCCAUACCUACACUCCUCGACCUGGCUGACUGGCUCGAAUAUGAGGUGAGAGUUCAAGUUAGUGGAGAUCAACAUGUCAGUAACCCAUCCAGGGAGAGAUCAGCUCCAUCCAAGAGCCAAAGCCCCGCUUUCAAGUCUCAGAGAUCUACCACCAUUCUCCUUGGCAGUGAAUCAGACACAAUAAAGAAAGCAGCUAUUUUUCCCGCUCCAGCACAGAGAGAGGGUACACAAGAUAAGCCUAAAAAGUACUGUCCCUUCUGCGACACAGGGCAGCACUAUUUCAACCAGUGCAGCAACUUCAAACUUCUGUCAGUGGAGCAGAAGACACAGUGGAUCAAGACGAACAAUCGCUGCUGGAGAUGUGGACGUGAGCACCUAGCCGCCAAGUGUAACCUCAAGGCCAAGUGCAAGCAGUGUGAGAGGAAACACCUGGACAUUCUCCAUGAAGUUAACACCAGCCAGAAUGCCACAGCAACUAGUAAACCCCCAGCACCUGAAGCCAGUACAUGCCUUGUGAGUUCUGCGUCAGAGACUCUAUACGUCGACCGCCCAGCCAGCAGCCGCCAGGUGUUACUGAAGCUGAGUCGAGUCAUCCUCCAGAGCGGCAACCAGAUACUUGAAACCUACGCCAUACUGGAUGACGGGUCCGAGCGCACCAUACUCCUGAAUGAUGCUGCUAUUCAGUUAGGUCUUCAAGGGCAGGCUGAAGAACUCACACUCCGCACAGUCCGACAGGAAAUCUGUCCCAUUCAGGGAGCAACUGUAUCCUUCACAGUGGCUUCUGCUUCAGAACCGGAGAAGUGCUACAAGAUCAACAAAGCCUUCACUGCCAGAGAACUGAGCCUAGCCCACCACACCUAUCCAGUCCAAGCUCUGCAGCACAAAUACCGUCACCUGAGAGACAUUCCAUUGCCCGCUAUCAAGGAUGCCCAACCGCUGCUGCUGAUUGGGUCAGAUUAUCCUCAUUUGAUAACUCCAGUGGAACCAGUGCGUCUUGGCCCCCCUGGCGGACCUGCAGCAGUGCGCACUAGAUUAGGAUGGACUCUACAAGGCCCUACAAGCUUGCUAUGUCAUCAACUGUCCCCACAACAGUGUCUUUUUACCAUCUGCAACCCUCCAGAAGCUGAGCUCCUCAAAAAUGUGGAGAAGUUGUGGCAGUUGGAUAUCUUGCCAUACAGGAGUGAGCGUCUGAUUACCAGGUCAAGGCAGGAUGCAGAAGCCGUUCGCAUAUUGGAGAAGAAGACCACAAGAGUAAUGGUGGAUGGCGUAAACAGGUAUGCAACUCCAUUACUCUGGAAACAAAACCUCUCUCCUCUCCAUGCAUCAAAGGAGGCAGUGCUGGCUCAGUUACGUGGAACAGAAAGACGCCUUGUGAGAGACCCAGAGAAGGCAGCUAUCUACUCCAGAGAGAUCCACAAGCUCAUCGAUGCUGGAUAUGUCAAAGCCAUUUCUCCUGCCAAAGCUGAAGAGAGUAACUAUUCAUGGUUUAUUCCCCACCAUAUGGUGCAGCACAAUCAGAAACACAGAAUUGUCUUCAACUGCUCCUUCACAUCCAAUGGACAGAGUCUGAAUGACAACCUCCUUCCCGGGCCUACCCUUGGAGCCAGUCUUUUGGGGGUUCUGCUCAGGUUCAGAGAGCACCCGGUGGCCAUCAGCAGCGAUGUGAAAGGAAUGUUUCACCAAGUCCGCCUAUUAGAAGAGGACAAACCAUUCCUUCGCUUCCUGUGGAGAGAUGUUAAAGUGGACCAAGAGCCAACCAUCUAUGAGUGGCAGGUGCUCCCGUUCGGCACAACAUGUAGUCCGUGUUGUGCCACAUUCGCACUCCAGAUUCAUGUUCAAAGGCACACUGAACCAGAAGAAGAUGCCCGUCUGUCAGUUGAACGUUGCUUUUAUGUUGACAACUGCCUACAGAGCCUCCAGUCUCAAGAACAAGCCAAGCAGCUGGUCAACUGCCUGCACACACUACUGAAGGAGGGCGGAUUUGAGCUGAGAGAAUGGGCCAGCAACGUUCCCACUGUGAUUCAACAUCUGCCCAAGGAAUCCUGCUCUGAAAACAGUACUCUCUGGUUCACACAGCAAACAGCAGACCCUCAGGAACGCACCCUUGGACUCUUGUGGCAGUGCAAAUCCGACACACUGCAUUAUAAACAGCACCAGUGUGAGUGUCCAGAACUUACCAUGCGGAACAUCUACCGCCUACUUGCCCAACAGUAUGAUCCUCUAGGAUACAUCAUUCCCUUCACAACCAGAGCUAAGGUCAUUGUGCAGCGUUUGUGGGACAAGAAAAGAGGAUGGGACGAUCCAAACCUCCCCGAAGAUCUGCUGCAGGCCUGGAAAAUAUGGGAGAAGGAGCUGCCACAGUUGUCACAUGUUAUGUUGCCCAGAUGCUAUACCAACCGUGGCAUGGACUGUAGUACCAGUAGCAGGACCAUACACGUCUUCUGUGAUGCGUCUGAACGUGCUUACGGCUCUGUGGCGUAUCUGCGGACAGAUUGGGGUGAUGGACAGGUUCAAGUGGCCUUCCUAGCUGCCAGAUCGAGAGUCGCCCCAAAGAAGCAGCUCUCAAUACCCCGGCUUGAGCUUUGUGGGGCUUUAACAGGAGCACAGCUAGCUUCAGUGCUAACCAAAGAACUCACAGUCCAGAUCCAAGCAGUGGUUUACUGGACCGACUCCACUACAGUCCUGAACUGGCUCCAGUCAGACUCCUGCAGAUAUAAAGUGUUCGUGGGCACAAGAGUAGCAGAAAUACAGGAGCUGACAGACAUUAAUGCCUGGCGCUACAUUGAUUCUGUUUCAAACCCUGCGGACGACAUCACAAGAGGGAGAACACUGACACAACUCGCUGGAGAGAACAGAUGGCGUCAUGGACCCCCCUUUCUCUCACAACCAUCUGACCAGUGGCCAGAGAAGCCAGUUAAUCCGGUUACAGAAGAGAAAGAUGAGCUGCGGAGCACUGUGUUUUGUGGCCUGACCAGUUCUGCAGAUCCAGCUGUACCUGACAUACAGCAGUUUAAAACAUAUCAAGAGCUGUUAGAUGCCACAGCACAGGGGCUACACGGGGCGGCUGAUAAAACGCCUCUCACUGCUGACGACUACCAUGAGGCAGAGUUAUCUCUCCUGAGACAUGCACAGACAGAGAGCUUCCCAGAAGAAGUGGCCCUGCUCAGAGCUGGUAAGCCCCUCUCUUCCACUAGCAGAUUACUAACAUUGUCUCCUGAAUAUGACCGAUCUUCCAGCCUGGUUCGUGUUGGUGGAAGACUUAGAAGAUGUGACGCUCUAAACCCAGACAUGCUGCACCCCAUACUCCUGUCAGCCUCUCACCCAAUCUCCAAGCUUCUGAUUCAGCGCUACGAUAGCCAGCUGCAACACCCUGGAGCUGAGCGUGUGUUUGCAGAGCUGCGCCGGAAGUACUGGAUACUGAGGGGCCGAGAAGCAGUUAAGAAACACCAACAUACCUGUGUGGACUGCAGGAAGUGGAGAGGCACCCCUCAAGUGCCCAAAAUGGCUGACCUACCACCCUCCAGUCUGAGGCUCUUCAAACCGGCCUUUUAUUCUACAGGUGUCGAUUGUUUCGGACCCAUGCUUGUUAAAAUGGGCCGACGUACUGAGAAGAGGUGGGGCAUUUUGUACAAGUGCCUCACUACACGAGCCAUUCACCUGGACCUCUUGCCCAACAUGGACACAGACUCAUUUCUGAUGUCACUCAGACGCUUCAUCGCUCGCAGAGGGAAACCUCAUGAGCUCCUCUCCGACCAGGGCACUAAUUUCAAAGGAGGAAGCAAGGAGCUNUCUCCUUUGAAAAUACCAGAUUUUGUGCUUUGUUCAGUGUUUGUCUUUCAAAUUAAAUUACCUCCAAACUAUAAAACAAAUGUUACGUUACACUUACUUGAGUAG